UAAGGAAGGAAGUAAGGAAGUUGUACUCAAUGAUGCUCACUUAAUUAUUUUUGUGAUUUGUAUCUCUUUGAAAGACUUUAUGUAGAAGGAGCCAUGAAAUCGGGAAGCGAAACAUUUGUCGUUUUUAAUUUGAUAUAUUUUACCAUAGGCAGACUAGCAGCCCUGCAGUAUAAGUCAGUUUCACAGUCUUCUGUGCCUGGUAAAAGGGUAAAUUCUGUGGAUGCGUCCUGGGCUGUUGACGGCGAUCCCUACACAUUUACUGUCACUGAGGAUGGUGUGAAUAACUACUGGAAGAUAACUUUUGAUUCAGAAAGGACGUUCUCCUGUUUUACCAUCCUUAUAAAACCAGGUCAAUAUUCUUUGUCCGUUCAUACAGAUGAUGAACUUGAACUGUAUUGCACCAGAUUUAGCUUGAAUACUUUACACUUAUCGAACAAUAUUACAAAGUGUUGUUUUAAACAGCUAAAAGGAAAAUCUUUAACGUUAGCCAGAACAAACCAGGGAGAUCUUCGACUGUAUGAAUUCUCCUUCAAAGGUUUAAAACUGUUCAUGGUAGCUUUUGUCAAAGACAUUGUUUAA